GAGGAGGAGGAGGAGGAGGAGGAAGCCGCCCCCGAUGCUCCGGCCUCACCGCCCCUCCCUGCCCGAAGCUGAGCCCAACCACCGUCGUGAACAACAAGGAGCUGUCACACCCAGGACUGGAAAUCCUUCAGUACAUCUAUCCACCAACACUUUUUUGUAGAGACCUCCAGGCAUGCUGACACUGAAUUUCCAAAUUCUUCAUGCUGCGCUGACACAUUUGUUGACUGAAUGGUAUGCUACCAUGGGAAAGCUGCAGAGUAAGAUCCGACACAACACCUCCAUAUACAGGACCAAUGGAUAUGUGGAAGCAAGGCCAGUUGGUAGAGCAGUUCAAGAAUUCAGCCAAGCCCACACUGCUGCUGUCACCUCAGUCACUGUGCUGGAUGUAGACCUCUGUUUGUCUGGAGGAAAAGAUAAGACUGUCGUGGCCUGUAAUUGGAGAUCUGGAGGUGUGGUGAAGAGGUUCAAGGGACACGAACAAGAAGUGACCAAGGUUGCCUGUGUUUUUGAAUCGAACCAAUUCUUCAGCGCAUCCCGAGAUAAGACAGUGAUGAUGUGGGAUAUCAAUGGAAGCUCACAACCAACCCAGUGGUUUCCAGGCCAUGAACUGGUCGUUACUGGAUUAGCUGUGAGCCCAGACUCUUUGCAGUUGUGCACUGGCUCUCGGGACAACACCUUGUGUAAAUGGGACGUUAAGACCGGGGAAUGCCUGCAGAAAGCAUCCAUCUCGAGGAAUCUGGUAAGAAGCAAGGUCACUCACCUGUGCUGGGUGCCUGGGGAGCCAUACGUCCUCCAGACCUCUGAAGAUAAAACCAUCAGACUUUGGGACACUCGGGACCUGAAGGUGGCACAUUCCUUUCCUGCAAAGCAGCAUAUCCAGAUUCACUGUGAUGUCAGUCCGGACGGGCACAACUGUCUCAGCUGCAGCAGUGGCUGUGAAGGGGAUGGCUGCGAAGCCACGCUGUGGGACCUCAGGCAGACUAGGGAUCGAGUGCAGGAGUUCAAGGGACACAUCCAGGCCGUGGCAUCCUGUAUCUUUCUGCCCCGGGGCUCGGGGGUGACUUCAGCAAUUGCCACCUCCUCCCAUGACUGCAAAGUGAAGGUUUGGAAUCAGGACACUGGAGCCUGCCUUUCCACCCUGUCUCUGGACGGAUCGGGCCCUCUGGCUUCGUUGUCUGUCUGUGACCCCUCCUCUGUCCUCUGUGCCAGUUUCAACACCGGAAUUCACUUACUCAGGAUCAAUAACCACAAGGGACUGGAACUACAAGAAGUGGCAAAGUUCUGAUGCUCAAAGACGCUCACUGAUAAAAGGAUGACCUUGGGCAAAACUGGAA